CUGAGCCCUCUUCCCUUUUUUCCCUUUUUCCCUUUUCCUCUUUCAACGAUACCCAAGUCCCUACCUACCUUGGCAGAAUCCUCAUCGGGUAUCUAUUAGUGUGGCUGUUGCUAUUAACCAACCCUGCUUCCUAUUCCACCUAGUUCGUUCCACCCCCAGCCUUCUUGAAUUGCUUCAUUCCUCGAGACAGCCCACAUCCUACCUUCUGCGCAUCGCGAUUCGCACUCCAGAGCGCCAAGAUAUCGACCACGGCUGGACUAUCGCACCUAAAUCCCACUUCCAUUGGCACUUGUCGACGAGAUACAAUCUGAAAGAUCAUUGCAGCUAUGGCCAAAUCGACCCUUAGUCAGAUCAUCCCUCUGGUAAUCCUACUCCUCGUCGUGGCCGGCAUCGGCUUCGUGCUAUACCAGGUCUAUGUCGGCGCCACCAAGAUCCGCGAGAACGCCGAGAACAGCUUCGCCUCGCGCAAUGUCGUCUUCACCAAAGAUGGCGUCAAGGUCGGCGUUAAGCACGUCGAGAACGAGCGCUACGUCGACGCUACGCAGUCAUGGGUCGUAAAGGCAUGGAACGCCGGUUCUACCGCGAAUAGCAAGCAGGCCGCCGCGAAGAGGAGGUGAGGACGAACGAUACCCAGGAUGCUGCUGCGCUGUGAGGAAACAAACCAGGGGAGGGUGGUAAAAUGCGAAGAUCUAAUCGCUCGAAGCGGUUGGCAACCUAAGCUUCCAACCCCAUUUGAAUCAAUUUAGCCUUCGUGAAGCAUACCAUUCGAUCCACCAAUCCUAGAGCCCGUUAUGGCUUUAAGUAACCAUUUCUUUCGUUCAUGUUCAUAUACUAGGGAAAUAAGAGCAGGCAUCGAUGGAACUCGUUGCCUAUACAUUAUGGGAGUGGUCAACCUUCAGGGCGGGAUCUGUGGUCACAGGCGUUGAAUAGGUUUCUUGGA